AUGGGGCUCCCCGCCAGGCAGCCUCGCCCCUGGCUGCUGCUCUUGGUGGUGCUGGGCUGGCCCCAGCCCUGCCUCAGCCUGGAGCUCAUCCCCUACACGCCGCGGAUAACCGCCUGGGACCUGGAAGGGAAGGUCACGGCCACCACGUUCUCCCUGGAGCAGCCGCGCUGUGUGCUGGACGGGCACUCUGGUGCCGCCGACACCGUCUGGCUGGUGGUGGCCUUCAGCAACACCUCCAGUGUCUUCCAGAACCCCCAGACACUGGCUGAGAUCCCAGCCUCCCCACGGCUGCUGACCGACGGCCACUACAUGACGCUGCCCCUGACCAUGGACCAGCUGCCCUGUGAGGACCCUGCGGGCGGCAGCGGGCGCGCCCCCGUGCUUAGGGUGGGCAAUGACGCCGGCUGCCUUGCUGACCUCCAUCAGCCUCGCUACUGCAACGCCCCGCUCCCGGGCCCCGGACCUUACAGGGUGAAGUUCCUGCUGAUGAACUCCAGCGGCUCACCCCAGGCCGAGACGAGGUGGUCUGACCCCAUCACUCUCCACCAAGGGAAGUCCCCGGGCUCCAUCGACACAUGGCCAGGGCGGCGGAGUGGAGACAUGAUCGUUAUCACCUCCAUCCUGUCUUCUCUGGCUGGCCUCCUGCUCCUGGCCUUCCUGGCAGCCUCCAGCGUGCGCUUCUCCAGCCUGUGGUGGCCGGAGGAGGCCCCGGAGCAGCUGCGGAUCGGCUCCUUCAUGGGGAAGUGCUACAUGACCCACCACAUCCCGCCCAGCGAGGCGGCCACCCUGCCGGUGGGCUGCGAGCCCGGCCUGGAACGCUUCCCCAGCCUUAGCCCCUAG